CUGGGUUCGCCCAGCGGUUCUUUGAGCUGAGGCAAGGGUCGGGGCGGCGCCGCCUACCCUGGGUGCCUGACGUCUCGAGCCACCCCUGGGAAGGGAAAGAGCAAGUUGGACUGGGGGCAGAGGGGCGGGGGUGCUGCUUUGUGAGGAAACAAUUUGCAGCGGCUGCCAAACCGGGAGUCUGCAGGGACGGCCCUCCCUAAACGGCCUUGAGCAACCCGAGCCACCGGAGCAAGCCAGUGUUCUCAGGGCAGAGGGACCCCGCGCGGGCCGCACGCACCCCAGCAUGGUCACCGAACCCGUGCUCCCCAGCCGCAGCCGCGACUGCUGGUGACGCCACCGCGGCGGGUUGCAUCAGCCCGCGCCCACGGGCCUUGGCCCGCCCUUCCGCCCACGGAACUGGGCGCCGAUUGGGCCACGUUAGGGCAGGGGCCUCCGCCUCAGCCAAUGGGCGACAGCCACAAAGGGUUCUGUCCGCAGAGUCCGGGCGCGGGGUGCCUAUAAAAGGUGCCGGAGGCGGGGGCGCGCGCCCCAGAGACUGGAACCGUCGUUGCGGGGGUUGCUGGCGGCUGGGACGCUUCCUCCCUGCUGUCUGGGGGCGCCGUCGACAUGGAGCCUGAGCCCGAGCCUGAACCCGUCACGCUCCUGGUGAAGAGCCCCAACCAGCGCCACCGAGACUUGGAGCUGAGCACCGACCGCAGCUGGAGCGUGGGCCGCCUCAAGGCCCAUCUGAGCCGCGUCUACCCCGAGCGCCCGCGUCCAGAGGACCAGAGGUUAAUUUAUUCCGGAAAGCUGUUGUUGGAUCACCAGUGUCUCAGGGACUUGCUUCCAAAGCAGGAAAAACGGCAUGUUAUGCAUCUGGUGUGCAAUGUGAAGAGUACUUCAAAAAUGCCAGAAGCCGGUGCAAAGGUUGCUGAAGCCACAGAGCAGCCCACUGGUCUGAAUCAGGGACAGUCCCCUGGGGAUUCCUCAAGUGACGGUUUAAGGCAGAGGGAGGUUCUUCGGAACCCUUCUCCCUCUGGAUGGGAGAACAUCUCAAGGCCUGAAGCAGCCCAGCCGGCGUUCCAGGGCCUGGGGCCUGGUUUCUCGGGCUACGCAACCUACGGGUGGCUGCAGCUCUCCUGGUUCCAGCAGAUGUACGCUCGGCAGUACUACAUGCAGUACUUAGCGGCCACUGCUGCGUCAGGGGCUUUUGUCCCCUCACCAAGUGCACAAGAGAUACCUGUGGUCACUGCACCUACUCCAGCCCCAAUCCACAACCAGUUUCCAGCUGAAAACCAGCCCGCCAAUCAGAACGCUGCUCCACAAGUGGUGGUUAAUCCUGGGGCCAAUCAGAAUCUGCGGAUGAAUGCUCAAGGAGGCCCCAUUGUGGAAGAAGAUGAUGAGAUAAAUCGAGAUUGGUUGGAUUGGACCUAUUCGGCCGCUACAUUUUCAGUGUUUCUCAGUAUCCUCUAUUUCUACUCCUCCCUGAGCCGAUUCCUCAUGGUCAUGGGGGCCACCGUGGUUAUGUACCUGCAUCACGUCGGGUGGUUUCCCUUUCGACAGAGGCCAGUUCAGAACUUCCCGAAUGGUGGUCCUCCUCAGGAGGCUGUGAAUCAAGACCCCAACAAUAACUUCCAGGAGGGUCCUGAUCCUGAAAUUGAAGAUCCCAGCCACCUUCCUCCAGACAGGGAUGUACGGGGUGACGAGCAGACCAGCCCUUCAUUUAUGAGCACAGCGUGGCUUGUCUUCAAGACUUUCUUUGCCUCUCUCCUUCCAGAAGGCCCUCCAGCCAUAGCAAACUGACGGUGUUUCCUCUCUGGCUGCUGGAGGCUUUGACAGGCGUGAACUGAUCAUCUGAUUCUGGCUCGAUUUCGUUACCUGGACAUGGCAGUGGCACAGAAAUAGUAUAAGAAUCUACAAAGAGGAUGAUAUGCUUUUGUGAUUAAGCAAAAGCAGAAAGUAAGACAUGAAGCCAUGAUACAAAUUGAUGAACAAAAAAUGCCUACAGGCUUCUCAUGUCUUUAUUCUGAAGAGCUUUAAUAUAUACUGUUGUAGUUUAAUAGGCAUUGUAAGUAGAAGGCAUUAGUUUCGCAUGUUUAUGCCUGAGGAACUUUUCCAGAUGUGUGUGUCUGCAUGAGUGUUUGUACAUAGACGUCAUAGACGCAGAAAUGAUUCUGCUGGUACGAUUUGAUUCCUGUUGGAAUGUUUAAAUUACACUAAGUGUACUACUUUAUAUAAUCAUUGAAAUUGCUAGACAUGUUUUAGCAGGACUUUUCUAGGAAAGACUUAUGUAUAAUUGCUUUUUAAAAUGCAGUGCUUUACUUUAAACCAAGAGAAGCUUUGCAGAGGUGAAAACCUUUGCUGGGUUUUCUGUUCAAUAAAGUUUUACUAUGAAUGACCCUG